CGGCGAUUUCCGGUGAGGCUGCGCUCUGAUUGGGCGGCGGGGGGGGACUUCCGGCGCUGCUGGCGUCUGCGCCUGGGCACGGCGGUGGCGGUCAGUGAAGCCCGGAACCAUGGCGGGCCGCAGAGCUGCCAUCAAGGCCAUUGACUGGGCGGCCUUCGCUGAGAGGGUGCCUCCCAACCAGAAGGCCAUGUUCAACGCCCUGAAGACCCGCAGCGAUGCACUGUCAGCCCGGUUGGCCACCCUGCCGGAGAAACCCCCGACCAUCGACUGGGCUUACUACAAGGCUACUGUUGCUAAAGCUGGCAUGGUGGACGAGUUUCAGAAGAAGUUCAGUGCACUACAGGUUCCUGAGCCAAAGGAUACACAAACUGCCAAAAUUGAUGCCCAAGAGCAGGAAGCUGCAAAGAGCACUGCUGAAUACGUCCAGGCUUCCAAAGCUCGUGUUGUCCAGUAUGAGCAGCAACUUCAGAAGCUCAGGAACAUGAUUCCCUUUGAACAGAUGACGCUUGAAGACUUGCACGAAGCCUUCCCUGAAACGAAACUGGACAAGGAGAAAUACCCGUACUGGCCCCACAAACCCAUUGCUGAUCUGUAAACUUGUCAGGAAGCAGUUUGUCUAACGACUGUCAGAUGCUGUGAUCUUCUAAAUAAAGUAGUUUCCCUCCUG